UCUUCUUCGUCCUAUCCCACUGUACACAUCGCGCCAAGGGACAAAUGAGAAAAUGAACCCCGUUGGUUGAAGAGAGUGGGUUGAUCAAAUAUCCUGCACGUUUAUUCCUCCACUCUCUUUCGAUCUCUCUCUUUACUCUCCUUCCCUGGACAGAGCACAGCAUCCAUCAUCUUCUGCCUUUAUGAGACUAUCCUACACAUCUUCAUCAGAGCUGGACUAAAAAAGGAAACACAAAGAUCACCCUCGUUAGGUGGUCCAUUAAUCGAAAAUAAAAAAGGAGUCGUGCAACGUAAGAUCAGCGAUGUUCCUGCAUCUACUGCUGCGUGCCAUCUGCCUCUUUGUCCUGUCGUCUUCUGCUGUCCUCAGUCUUGCCGCAGAUGAGACCACAGUUCUACAAGUGACCAUUCCCAAUAGCUCCCCUGUGUCUGCCGUUUUGGGGCACUCCUUGACUCUGCCCUGCCUCGUGUCUCUGUCGCAAACGCCCUCUCUGGGACGGCAUGCCGUGCUUACCCAGCCACGAGUCAAAUGGAGCUUUCUUUCAUCAAACAGAGAGACAGAGAUCCUAGUGGCCCGUGGGGAGAGGGUAAAGGUGAGUGAGUUAUAUAAAGGCAGGGCAUCGCUGCCUGAUUAUGCUGCCUCUUCGAAUGAUCUCACCCUCAGACUGGAUGACCUGAUUCACAACGACACAGGCUUCUACCAAUGUGAAGUCCAGCACGGGUUGGAGGAUGCUCAAAGCCUAGCUCAGGUCAAAGUUAAAGGUGUCGUCUUCCUCUAUCGCCAUACCUCUAGUCGUUAUGCCUUUAGGUUUGAUGAGGCCAAAGAUGCCUGUAAGCACAUUGGAGCUCAGAUUGCUUCUCCAGAUCAGCUGCUGGCUGCGUACCGCAGCGGCUAUGAGCAGUGUGAUGCCGGCUGGCUCUCAGAUCGAUCUGUUAGAUACCCAAUCCAGAUGCCUCGGGAAGGCUGUUUUGGAGACAUGGAUGGAUUACCAGGUGUUAGAAACUACGGCACGAUGGAUGCUGAUGAGCUCUUUGACGUGUACUGCUACGUGGAAAACAUUCACGGUGAGGUGUUUCAUGGAUCGACCCCACAGCGCUUAACCUUGGCAGAAGCUAAAGCAUACUGUGAGCUGCAGGGAGCUCAGCUUGCGACCACCGGUCAGCUAUAUGCUGCUUGGAAUGAUGGUCUGAACCAUUGCAGUCCAGGCUGGCUGGCCGAUGGAAGUGUUCGCUACCCUAUUGUGACCCCUCGAGAGCGUUGUGGGGGCUCUGAGCCCGGUGUCAAGACGGUCUAUCGCUUUAGCAACCAGACAGGCUUCCCUGAUCCACACAGUCGCCACGAUACCUACUGCUUUAGAGGUCUGUUUUACUUUUCGUCUGAAGGUAAUGGCCACUAUCAAACAGUCCCCCCUAUAGAUUAUAUGGCCACAGAACCUGAAGACAAAGAGCAGCAUAUUGUGACUUUAGCUGACCCUCAAGAAGAGUACAGUGUGGAUCAGGUCACCCAGCAUUCAGAAAAUGAAGUCCAGGGGGCUGUUGAGUCCUUUAACAUUCACAGCACACACGCUACGAAAGAACCCGAGGAACACAACCAUACCUUAAGACCUCAGGAUGACUUCAGUGACAGCACCAAUGGAGAUCUCACCAGCCCACCCAGCACAGACAGAAAUCUGGAGUCCCUCGAGGUCAUCUGGCAGAAAGUGGAUGCCAAUCCCAUCAAUGCAGUACCAGAGACUUACAUGGAUCAUUCCAUCAUUCCUGAGGGAACAGAGGAACCCUCCUCUGAACCCAAACACUUCCAAUCCAUGCCUACCAACCUGGAUGAUGAAGAUGAAGAUCAUAUAAACAGGGAGAUAACCAUAACCACUGAGGGCACUACACUGGAAUACGGCACAAGUGUUCACACCACAGCUCAAGAAGUCUCCUCAGGUCUCUCAACUUUUCUUCCUUGGGUAGAGCACAAUGGUACACUCGAAGAAAAUGUAGGGAAUUUCACAGAAGUCCCAGAGACAGAUGAAGACCUGGGUUUUUCUUUUACAACUCAUUCCACAUCAGUAAGCACAACCAGUGAUUCUGAUAGAUUGGAGGGUUCAGGUGUGCCGUUUACAGAACAGACAGAUCCUGUGGUCACCCUGAAUGAAUCUGAGACGCAUGGAGCAUCCACGUCUGAGACUGUGACAGAGAGCUUCUCAUCAAUGUAUCUUAACAAUACUAGCUUGAUAGGUUUUAAACCCAGACAUGAAGACUCUAGUGAAGGACAUCAGAACAGUUCUGAAGAUGUUGGUGAGGGGACCUCAGUUGUUCCUGUGUCUCUUGGUGCGGAUGAGAAUGUCAGUCAUCACAUUACUGAGAGCACAACACUUGUAAGUGUGAAUGAACCUGAGUCAUCUGAAGGCUCCGGUGAUCAUGACGAUAUUCUGCCAGUCACACUGUUGACCACACCUACACCUCACCUGUUGGACACACUGACCACACAAGGGCCUGCACAGGAAGAAAUGAAUACCCCAAGGGAGAUGGAAGGACGUUUCAAUGAAAGCAGCACCUUUGCUGUACUUGGGUAUGUAGAGGAGGAACUGGAGAAGGUGGAAUGGGAAGGACUUGAGGGAGAACCCCAUCAGCUUUACACCACAUCCACCGAGAUCAAUAAAUCUACUUUUACUAUGGAUGUGGAUGGCCGUCAUGAAGAUGAGUCUUCAGGAGCAAGGGAGUCUUUAGAAAAUUGGUCCUCGGCUACUGAGCAUUCACAUUUAAAUGUGGAAACAAUCACACCCUCCAGUUUGACAGAUAUGGAAGAUCUAACGAAUGCUGAUCAUGAUGACCGUACUAUGAGAACCUUUACAGGUCUGGAGGUUACACUGUUCCCUGCUGUGACCCAGACACCCGACUGGCAGACUUUUACCUCUUCUACAAAACCGGGGGAAUUCAGAGCAAAUGGGGAAUUCAGUGGUGACGGCUCACUUACCACAGAAGACUUCACAACCUUAGGUGGGUCUGACUUUACCGACACCCCCACUGAAGAGCAAACAGAGCAAACUCUAGUCACAACAGAGCAAACUCCAGAUUAUGACCUGAUAACUACAGAAAACUUUAACAACAUGGAAGAUGAAAAUGAUGUUAAAACCACAUCGGAGCCUAUCAAUCAACAUUCAAGACCAACCCAGAGAGUGUUGGUGAGGACAAGCAAUAUUUCAGACGCAUGUAUGGAGAGCCCUUGUAAAAAUGGAGGCACUUGUGUGGACAGUGGAACGGGUCCUAAGUGUCUCUGUCUACCCACCUAUGGAGGAGACUUCUGCCAGACAGAUCUUGAACACUGUGAACCAGGCUGGGAAAAGUUCCAAGGGUUCUGUUACAAACACUUCUCCAAACGGCAGAAGUGGGAGGUGGCGGAGCAGCACUGCCGCAUGUGUGGAGGUCACCUGGUGUCUGUUAUGUCACCUGAGGAACAAGAGUUCAUCAAUGAUAAAUACAGGGAGUAUCAGUGGACGGGUCUUAAUGACAAGACCAUUGAGGGAGAUUUCCGUUGGUCGGACGGAAGCCCAUUGCUUUAUGAGAAUUGGUAUCGUGGACAACCAGACAGCUACUUCCUGUCAGGGGAGGACUGCGUUGUCAUGGUAUGGUAUGAUAAUGGACGUUGGAGCGAUAUCCCAUGUAACUACCAGCUCUCCUAUACCUGCAAGAAGGGCAUUGCAGCGUUCUGUGGCCAGCCUCCUCUCGUGCUUCAUGCUAAGAUGUUCGGACAGCGGCAGCUAAGAUACAGGACGAGUUCACAGGUGCGCUACUACUGUGAGGCUGGCUUCAUCCAGAGACAGAACCCGGUUAUUACAUGCCAGAACAAUGGACAGUGGGACGAACCCCAGAUCACAUGUACACCAGUGGGACCUGCAUACUCGAAUGGAGAAACGGUGACAUGGCCCACUGGUCACAAGGAAAUAGUCAUAGAAGUAACAACAACAGGAAAAACAGUACCAGAGUAUCUGGAUAUAAAAUGGAUCAAAUAGCAUUUCACAUAGUACCAUUUAUUUCCUUCAUUUUUGUCUAUAUCAUAACAUGCCUUCAUCCCCACUGCGUUCCUUAUAUAACAACAUUACAUUUACAUUUAUGCAUUUGGCAGACGCUUUUAUCCAAAGCGACUUACAUUGCAUUAUCCUAUACAUUUUUUUCUAAGUAUGUGCAAUCCCCUGGAAUAGAACCCACGACCUUGGCGUUGUUAGCGCCACGCUCUUACCACUGAGCUACACUAUAUAUUUUAUAAGUAAAUAUGUCCCACUUAAAGGAAUAGUUCACUCCAAAUUAAUCCAAAAUUUACACUCAUGCCAUCUUAGGUGUAUAUGACUUCAUUUUUUUAGCCGGAUACAGUUUUAAUAAUUUUUAAAGAAGUCCUGGCUCUUCCCAGCUUGGCAAUAGCAUUAGAGUAACCCACUUUGAAGCUCCAAAAAGCAAUCUGGGGUGAACAAUUUUUUUAUUGCAAAUGCUGAAUAAGCACAAAUUAAAAAGUUUGGCAUCAACACUGGUACAGCUAAAACAGGACAAGUGAAGGAAAAUAGGACCGAAGAAUCAUUAACACUCAUUAUACCCCUCUCAGCUCCUUUCUACUCAAUUUCUCUCUGUGUACACAUGACACUGAAUUACAUGUUUUGUAAUUCUAAGAUGCAAUUUACUGUAACCCUCAUUUUGCACACAAUAAGCACACUUGAUAUAAAGCAACAUUCAAACAAAGCUUGUAACUGUUGGACCAAGCAUCCAGCAUGUUUCAUUUCAUCCUGUUCUUUCCUUUCUCUUUUUUUAAAUAAAUUAUGAGACAACAACGAAACAACUCCUGUCUAAUCUCAGCUGGUCUGAAUCACAAUUUUUGUUUGACAUUAUAGCCCUUUAGUGCAUAAAUGUAAUCAUCAGCAUUACUUAUUCAUGUUCUGUGUUUUCCUCACUCAAAAUAGUCUGCCAACUGAGACUCAGCUUGAGUUAAAGAACUCAUAGACCUAACAUGUCCCAACAUAUGUUUUUUUAAACUAUAGUUUUAAUUAUUCUUAAUAAACAGGGAUAUUCUUAUGCAUGCUACUGUAUAUGAAAAUGUCAUGAAAAUGAUCUAGUGUGUUUGAAGAAGAACCUUUCUUGCAGCCACAAGCACCUAAGACAUUGUAAAGCUUGCCGAUCAAGUUAGUUAAGGCACACCAGCCCAUCCCUUUUGUUUGUUGAUGUGUGUCAGAAUGUUGGGUCGAUGAAGCGUGCAGGGAAGAUACUUUAUAUUAGCAGACUUCAGAUAUUCUGCGACUUGGUGCUCAGUUUAUCAGGUAUGUAGCGUAACUCUGGAGGAUGGCCAUUUUAGACCCACUACUACGGUUUGUUUCAUGCAUCACUAACAAAAUCAUAUUUUAGUUUUUGAUGGCCUGAAACCAGGGCAUACUACACUCUAGAAACAUCAGAUGAAUGCAAUCAGAGCAAUCACAUUAAAAAGUAAAAAUGUGCUUACAAUUUUUCAGUCAAAUGUAGCUUCACUAAAUUUAGGAAACUAGUUUAAACAAAGGUGAAUAAAAGAGCUUUUAAAUAUGUGUAUUCUUGAUGACUGAUUAUGGAUUAAAUGAACACAUCUGUGGUUAAUAACUUAACAUAGUGAUUUCACUGAUUUUGUGAAAUGUUUUUUAUGAAUAUGUCUUUUGACUUCACAGCUUUUUGUUGUAGUUGAGAAACACUGUAUGUGUAGCAAAGUCUUGUUUUAAAGUCCCAACCGAAUAUAUUAAAAUCCACAUUCUGUAAUGGGUCAUUUUAUUAACAGCUGGUCCCAGACAAAACAAAAUUUAAAUUUCCUGGUUUAAAACAAAUACUAACAUUAAUAAAAGUAAUAAAAGCCUCCCACUUUUCUUAAAAUUAAAAUCUUUAAAAAUGUUUUCUGUAUUGUAGAAUUAACAAAGUAACAACAGAAAAGUUUGUAUUUAUUGUGUAUGAUAUGCAUUUGUAGCCUAUUGCUCUAAAGUAAAACAGAUUGCAAAGGCAGCUGUGUAUAUUCUGUUAAAAAUACAUUGAAAAAUUGUUAGACUUACGUGUAGUUUACUGUACAUACUGUUCUUGCUGCUAAUAACUCAUGCUGUAAAUUUGUCAACUCAAAGAAAAUGUAUUACCAGAACAUCUCUCAGCCAUUGUGUGUGAUAAACACUGUGACUAAUGUUUAGUGCCUGUUGUUUUUGUUCUUAA